CCUCUAUUGUGGCUUUCAUAACUAGUGCUUAUACUCGCUGACACCUGUGAACUCUUAUAUAAUUUUUAAUUUGUCAUUUUUAUCCAUCAAUUACUGUAUUAUAUUCUUCAAAUACUUUUAACAAGUGCUGAUUAUACCAGUGGAUUUAUUUAUUUUGUUUUGGUGUGGAUGCUUUAUUUUAACCUUGUAACAAUUAUUAAUUGUGGCAGAUUAAUUAAUAAUAAUUUUAUUGAUACAAAAUUCUUCAUAUAAGGAACACCAAAUGUAAUGUCAACAGAUUCGCGUUGGAUAAGGGGUGUGAUUGCUGUUGCUGUUAGUAUUGGAAUCACAGUCGGUUCAGUAGGUGUUGUGUUUUUAGUUCGACUUUUAGAAAAAAAAGAAAAACUGUUAUUAAAGCAAGAAGUAGAUGACUUAAACAUUGCAAUAAUUGAUCUCCAAACUGAAAUAAAAGAUCUCAAGAAAAAAGUUUUAAAACCUGGUCACCGGUUGACCUUGUCAAGUAGUAGUGUUACAAGUGAAACAAGUUUAUAUACAGCAUUAGGAACUGACGACGAAUUUCACGAUAUGUCAUCUGAUAAUGAAGACUCUCCAAGUUCUCAACAAUUAAAUGAAAAUUCAAUUGAAAACAUGACAGCUAUACAAAGUAAUUAUAACUGUAUGUCAUUAUUAAGUGAUGAUAUAUUUGAUAAAGUAGAUGAAUUAUUUGAUGGAAAUGAUGAAGAUAAGCUUAAAGCUUAUGAAAUAUUAGUAAAACUUAAUGAAGAAAGAACAGAUGACAUUGAAGUUUUAUGGAGGUUAUCAAAGUCAUGUCAAUUUGUAUCUAAGUAUUAUAAUGCAGCAAAAAAAAAUCCUGAAAAGAGCAAAACUGUUAUUGAUGAAGGAGUACAAUGGGCAAAGCAUGCUUUAGAAAUGUAUCCUGGAAACUGUAAUGCUCAUAAAUGGUUUGCUAUUUGCAGUGGAGCACGAGGUCAACUAGGGUCAACUAAAGAAAAAAUAGAAGGAGGAUAUGUUUUUCAAAAUCAUAUUAAUGAAGCUAUACGAAUCAAUCCUAAAGAUCCCACAUUAUAUUUUUUGAAAGGAAAACUGGAAUAUGAAGUGGCCAUUUUAACCUCAUUUGAACGCCGUAUAGCGAGCUGGUUGUAUGGUGAAGUUCCUAAAGGUACUGUCCCUGAAGCUAUAGAGUUGUUCUUAAAAUUUGAACGUGAAUCACCAAUUCAGCUAAAAGACUGUCGCUUGCAUCUUGCCAAAUGUUUUAUAGCAAAAAAAGAAUAUGAAAUGGCUUUACAAUGGUUAGAACAAGUUUUGCAACUCCCGACUAAAGAUUCUGAGGAUAAAGAAAUUGAUGGCGAAGCUAAUCAAUUACUUAAGAAGUAUUCAAAGUAUAAGAAGUCAUAGGAAAAUUAUACUAUAAAUUACUGGACAAAUUGUGUGAUUUUAAAUUUAUUUUGUCAUGUUUGUAAAUUAGUUAAAGUAUUCCAAUAAAAAUAAUGUAUUUUUUUUUUUUAACAAAAAAUUUAAGUAUAAUAUGCAAUAAGGGAGUAUUAAAAUAAAAAUAAAUUAAAUAUAUCUUGUUUACUAUUGUAAAAAAAAGGUUAAAUUUUAUUUAAUUACAUUUUUUUGGAGGUUAAAAUUUAAUGUUAUCUAUUAGAACAUAAUGUAUAUUUUUUAAUUAUAUUGUUCCAAUUAACUAUUUUUGAGUAUUAUUUAAUGAAUUCCAAAUGUUUCUGAUUUAUAUUACAUGGACAAAAAAAAACAUGUUAUCUUAAAUAUUUUCUUUGUUAAUAGAUUUUAGUUAUACAUUUUAUGUCACAGAUGAAUUAUAAACUUAUA